AUGGCGCAAAACCCAGGCUACGGCUAUGAUGCGAAGGACCCCUCUGGCCGCCGUCCCUACGAUCCUCGUGACGACUACGUCGCACCGCAGCCUAGCCCCCCUCCCGGCUACGACGACUACUCUCAGGCGCCGCUUCGUUGCGAGUAUAAUGCCUCCGAAAAGGCCGCAUCCUGUGUCUUUGAUUACGGCGACGGCUUCAUGGAAACGGGGGACGGUUAG